AUGAUUCAGUUGCUGAUCAUGCUGGCCAUCCUGGCCAUUUAUCUCUACUUCAAGUGGCACCUCAGCUUCUUCAUCCGCCGCGGAAUUGUUGGGCCAAAGCCUCUGCCCUUUGUGGGCAAUAUGUGGAGCUACGUGUGCAUAAAGAAGCACUUCGGAGAGGUUUACGAUGAAAUGUAUCAAUCCUAUCCAGAGGCAAAUUACGUGGGAUUUUUCAAAAUGUCUCAGCCGGCAGUCCUUAUGAGGGAUUUGGACAUAGUCAAGAGUGUUUUAGCUGGAGAUUUCUCAUCAUUUCACACCAAUGACUUCAUUGUAGACGAAAAAUUAGACCCACUUGCGAAAAAUAAUGUCUUUAUAGCGACAGGAGAUCGAUGGAAGAUGAUUCGGAGUCAAGUUUCGCCCCUUUUCACCUAUCCAAAAGUGAAAGCCUGCUUCCCAAUCAUCGACGUUGUGCGACAAUCUCUGGUCAAGUACAUUGAAAGUGGUCCAGAGUCAACGAAUCCAAAUGGAAUUGAAGCGAAAUCUCUCGGAGGACGAUUUACCACAGAUGUUGUGGCUUCUUGUGCUUUUGGUGUCGAAGGACAGGCUUUCACGGAUCCCAAUUCAGAUUUCAGACUUAUGGCAACAAGUAUUUUUGCCCCAAGUUCAGAGAAUAUGAUAAAGUCAUUUGCGACUCUCUUCUUUCCUCAAUUGAUAAGCAUCUUUCGCGUUAGUUUCAUCUCUAAAGAAUUAGAUACUUGGCUGAGAUCGAUUAUUAAUCAGAUCAUCAAGCGCAGAGAUGAUAUUGGAGAACGUCGUCAAGACUUCUUACAAGCUUUCAUUGAUAUGCGCAGCAAAGAUAAGCAAAACAUCUUCGAUGAGGACCUCAUCGUUGGACAAGCUUUAACCUUUAUCACGGACGGAAUAGAGACUUCAAGCACUCUCAUCUGCUAUGCUUUGUACGAAUUAGCCAGACACCCUGACGUUGUGGUGAGAAUUCAGGAAGAAAUCGACACGGUUUAUGAACGACAUGAUGGCAAGAUGACUGAGGAAGGAAUCAUGGAACUUGUGUAUAUGGAGCAGGUCCUCUUUGAGACCCUUCGUCUGCACUCAGCAGUAUUUAGCCUGGCAAAGACGUCUACAAAGGACUUCACUUUCCCACCACAAUUUCCUGACUCCCACAGAUGCCUCACCGUCCCCAAAGGAACCACCAUCAUCAUCCCAGUCAACGCCAUCCAUCACGACUCUCGACACUUUCCUCAUCCUCACACUUUUGAUCCCAACAGAUUCUCAGAGGAACGGAAAGAACGUCAUCGAUACGCAUUUCUGGGCUUCGGCGAAGGGCCUCGAAUUUGUCUGGGACAGAAGUUCGGUCUAUUCCAGACCAAGUCUGCACUUUCGGCCAUCCUGCGACACUUCAACCUCACCCUCUCGCUAAAGUCCAUCGUUCCGCCGCCGGUGUCCAAGAAAAUUUCACUCAGAUUCGCGGCGGAACUGGACAUCUUCCGCAGUGCGAUGCUUCCUUACAUCCUUCUGUCGGCCAUCGUGGCCAUUUAUCUCUACUUCAAGUGGCACCUGAGCUUCUUCGAGCGCCGCGGAAUCGCAGGACCAAAACCCUUGCCCUUCAUCGGCAACAUGUGGGAUUAUGUAACGGGAAAGAAGCACUUUGGGCAUGUCUUUGACGACAUUUAUCGAUCCUAUCCGAAUGCCAAUUACGUGGGAAUCUAUAAAAUGCACAAACCCGCAGUUCUUGUGAAGGAUUUAGACGUGGUGAAAGACGUUAUAGUUGGAGAUUUCUCCUCAUUCCACGACAAUGAUUUCGCCCUGGAUCCGAAAUUAGAUCCACUCUCCGUUAUAAACCCUUUCUUUGCUGCUGGAGAAAGUUGGAAGGAACUCAGAGCUCAAGUGUCGCCCAUCUUCACCUUCUCAAAAGUCAAGGCAUGCUUUCCGAUCAUGAACGGAGUUUGCAACACUCUCGUUGAUUGGAUUAAAAACGGCCCCAAAGCAGGAAAUUCAGAUGGAAUAGAAGUGAAAUCGCUCGGCGAAAUGUACACAAUGGACGUAGUCGCUUCUGCUGCCUUUGGCGUUGAAGCGCAGAGUUUCACAUCUGUAAUGACACCUUUUCGCGAACUCCUGAUGGACAUGGUCAGUCCAACAUUUAUAAAUUCCAUCAAGAAUUUCAUCACGCUCUUUAUGCCUCAAUUGGCACCAAUCUUGGGCAUUCCCUUCGUCUCCAAGAAACACAGCGAUUGGGUUAGAUCUUUCGUUGCUAAUGUUGUGAAAAGAAGGACAGAAUUAGGAGAGAAACGACAAGAUUUGUUGCAGAACUUCCUGGAUAUGUUAAAGAAGGCUGAGAAUGGCAAUUUAGCUAAGUACGCUGAUGAUUUGGUUCCUGGACAGUCGCUUCUGUUUCUCGCUGAAGGAACAGAAACCUCAAGCAUGCUGAUCUGCUUCUCUCUGUAUCAAUUGGCUCGAAAUCCUGACAUUGCGAAGAGAGCGCAAGAAGAAGUGGAUUCCGUUUAUGAGCGUCACGGCGGAAAACUCACCGAGGAAGGCGUCACCGAGAUGGAAUAUCUGGAGCAAAUCCUAUUCGAAACCCUGCGACUUCACUCAGUUGUGUUCGUAUUGGCAAGACAAGCUACCAAAGAUUACGUUUUUCCACCGCAAUAUCCUGGAUCUUCUCAACGCCUCGCCAUUCCAAAAGGAACGACACUCAUCGUCCCCGUCAGCGCCAUUCAUUACGAUUCUGCAUACCAUCCAGAUCCGUAUACUUUCAAUCCCGACCGAUUCUCUGAAGAAGGACGAAAGGAGCGCAAUCGAUACGCUUUUCUAGGAUUCGGCGAAGGACCUCGAAUUUGUAUUGGACAGAAAUUCGGUCUCUUUCAAGUCAAGGCAGCAAUUUCAUCUAUUCUUCGUAACUUCAACAUUUCACUGAACAAGAAAACUCACGAUCCUCUCCGUAUUUCAAAGAAAUCUUUCAUGUACGUUGCCGAAGAUGGAAUUUGGGUGAAUUUUACAGAAAGAAAAAUUGUCAAAUAACUGAUCAAAUACACGAUAUUGUGGAUUAUAAAGAAUCAUAUUUUAAUCUGACCCACAAUUCCAUUUCACAACUAUUUUCUGUAAUAUGUAGGUAAUAUCGGAAUGCGACGAAUUCUUUUGCUGGUCAGCUAAAUCUGAUAGAAAGUAGUAGAAUAUAUUUUAAAAGUUCAAAUAGUUUUUACCCACUCAGAAAGAAAAGUAGAGCAAUGAGCUUCU